GACCAUUCCUGUAGUCUAUUACAAUAAACUGCUAGAAUGGUGCUAGAAUUUUUAGCAUGCAUAAUGGCGACGAUUUCUUUUUGACAGUUGACUCUACUUUUGGCGCACGUGUUUUCUCACGCACCGUCCUCAAAAAAUCAAUUAAAAUAUGAAUGCCGAAAAAUUGAAGAAAUUGCAAGCGCAAGUGCGUAUCGGUGGUAAGGGUACUCCUCGUCGCAAGAAGAAGAUUGUUCACUCCACCCCCGCUACAGACGAUAAGAAAUUGAAUUCUUCAUUGAAGAAAUUAUCGGUCAACACCAUCCCCGGCAUUGAGGAAGUCAACAUCAUCAAGAACGAUGGUACCGUCAUCCACUUCAACAAUCCCAAGGCACAGGCUUCGUUGCCCACCAACACCUUCGCCAUUACCGGUCAUGGUGAAAACAAAUCCAUCUCGGAAAUGUUGCCAGGUAUUUUGACACAAUUGGGUCCCCAAGAUAUUACACAGUUGAAAAAGAUUGCCAGUGAAUUGGCCAAUAAGAGUGGUGCUGCUGCGGGAGCUGCCGCCGCCGGUGCUGCUGCGGCAGCCAAUGCUGGUGAUGAUGAUGUACCCGAUUUGGUGGAAAACUUUGAAGAAGUCGCCAUUGGUGGUGCUGCUGCCAAGCCUGCUGAAACUUCAGAAGCUGCCAAAAAGCCCGAAGAAGUACCAGUAGCUUAAGAACAACAACAACAACAAAA